CUGUUAAACAACUGUCGGCAACGAUACUCCAAAAGACAGAUUUAUGUGAGAAAACCUUUACUUUGCCUUUUUUUUAUUCUCGUUAUUUCAAACACAUUACAGACCUAUGUAGCGAAUAUACUAAUAUCGAUAAAUCCAUAUGAAGAUAUCCCGGGACUUUACUCGAAAGAGACGAUUAAUAAGUACAAAGGAAAAUCACUGGGACAAUUACCACCACAUGUCUACGCAGUUGCUGACAAAGCAUAUCUUGAAAUGAGAAGGAACAAGGAGUCUCAGUCUAUUAUCGUCUCAGGAGAAUCUGGAGCUGGAAAGACGGAAUCACAAAAAGCAAUCUUGAGGUAUUUGUGCGAAAAUUGGGGUUCAACAGCUGGCCCCAUUCAGCAACGCAUUCUUGAGACAAACCCAAUACUGGAAGCAUUCGGCAAUGCAAAAACGCUUCGAAAUAACAACUCGAGUCGCUUUGGAAAGUUUGUCGAGAUCCAUUUUGGCAGUGAUGACAAAGUAGCCGGAGGAUUCGUGUCGCAUUACUUACUUGAGAAGUCGAGGCUAUGCCGUCAAGCGAAUGGGGAACGAAAUUAUCAUAUUUUCUAUCAGCUGAUUGCUGGAUCACCGGGUGAUCUCUACAAAAGACUUCGACUAGCUCCUCCUGACAAGUUCAAAGCCAAACUCAAAAUCAAAAAUCUCUUCGGAUCGUCUUAG